AUGUUCUCAAAAUAUGGAAUAAGAGGUGAAACAAAAUGGUGUAACAAGUAUGGAAGGAAACACAAUGGGAUAUGCCCUAAGGAAGUGAUCUGCUUCAAAUGCGGGAAGACUAGUCACUAUGCCCACAAAUGCUCAACCAAGGAGGUAGUUUGUCUUAAGUGUAGUGGAGAUGGACACUUCAAGCAAGAUUGGCUGAUGAGAGCUACAACGCCAAAUGUACCACUGAAGCACUAUGAGAGAUGCGACGAAGAGGUGACUUGCUACAAAUAUGGAAAGACAGGGCAUUAUGCCGGCAAGUUCACAUCCAAAAAGAGGGUGUGCUACGAAUGUAACAAAGAAGGGAAUUUACUUAGGGACUGCCCGAAGAAAAAUGAAGCAGCAACAGCAAAUGCACCUCCAUGA